AUGGACACUCGAGCGCACAGAUUGUCGAUCGGACCAAGGGACGGAGUGAGUGAUGGCCUGAAUGCGUGCGGAACCCACAUCUUCGGUCCCAGACUGGCCCUUUUUCUGGGCUGGGUCUUCUGGUGGGGCUCUAUCUUGAUCCGGCCUCCUGCCGUCGAAUGCGCCCCUGUCAACGGCACCGACCCGGACGGGGCUCGAGAAUACGUGCUUUUGGGAGGCGCAGGUCUCGUUUCAAUUAAGCCUAACUUCAGGGCUGUAUGGGCCAAGAUGCUGCCUGCCCGACCCCCUGCCGAGCAACUUGUUAUUCCCUUAUCUCGCCAUCGUAUUAACACCAAUCGCUUCAACAGGCAAGUUCGGCUCCUCUCGGGCGGGUUGUGGCGGCCAGCUGGGCCCAUCUUUCACUCGUCUCGUCUGCCCACUGGUCAGAUUUCAGUCCGAUGA